CCGGAAGUCAUCACAGUCAAAAUGGCGGACUUGACUAUUGAUGAUGUCAGUGUCUUUGACAGAUAUGGCAGCUGACGACAAGGUUGCCAUUCUAACAGAAGACGAGGAGGAGCAGAAGAGGAGGUAUGUGUUGGCCGAGCCAUUCAACACCCUGUCUGUGGAUCAACAGGCGGGUGCCACACCUGCACCCACCUUAGACCCGCCACCUGAACAGCCUCCGACCUUCCAACCCGACUCCACAGACUGCUGCGAGAGGAUGUGCCUCCACAUCAACAGCCACCUCCUCAUCUCCAAAGUGUUCUACUUCUUCUUCUACGCUGCCUACGGCUCGCUGCACCCUCUGCUAGCCGUGUACUACAAGCAGCUGGGCAUGUCGGCCAGUCGCAGCGGGCUGCUCGUCGGCAUCCGCUACUUCAUUGAGUUCUGCAGCGCCCCCUUCUGGGGUGUGGUGGCAGACCGCUUCAAGAUUGGAAAGGCCGUCCUGCUGUUUUCUGUUCUUUGCUGGCUGGGAUUUAACUGUGGUAUCGGCUUUGUCAAACCAGCUGAGAUUAAAUGUGAGGAAAUAGGAGCUGUGACACCGACGACACCUGUGAUGACGAAUAUCUCUGAUGGUAACUUCACACAUCCAAGCAGCUCCACCAACCACACCAGGAGUCGCCGGAGCCUUCUGGACGUUUUUGGGCUUCAUGACCUUUAUGACUCCAGCAUGUUUUACAGACACGCACGAAGUGCUGAUGCCAACACAACUUCAGCCGCCUUCACGCCAGAUGUCACCACCCAGCUCAUGCCAAACACCACUCUACCCACUACCACCGCCAUUGCCUUGACUUCACCCACAGUCAAGCAACACCAGCUUAUCUACAAUGAGAACCAGGUGGAGACCAUCUUCCUGCUCAUCCUGCUUGUUAUCAUCGUGGGCGAGUUCUUCAGCGCUCCUGCCAUCACCAUCGUGGACACCAUCACCCUGCAGUACCUCGGUAAAGCCCGUGACCGCUACGGCCUGCAGAGGAUGUGGGGCUCUCUGGGCUGGGGUCUGGCCAUGCUGCUGGUGGGCAUCUGGAUCGACCACACACACGUCAACAUUUUCAGCAACGUCAACACAACAACGUUCACUGACGCUGGCUGCAUUCUGCCCGACUACCGUCAACACAGCUACCAGAUUGCCUUCAUUGUCUUUGGUGUGCUGAUGUCUGUGGCAUUCAUCGUGGCCACUCAGUUCUACUUUGAAAAAGGUGGCAACUACCCGCAGGAGCUUCCAGAGCAGGUGGUGGAGCAGACAGACAGUCCAAGGUCAAUAUCAGAGUCCAGCUCUGCAGACCAGACUCCCACCAGUCCUGAUGCUGCUCAGGAGUUCCACUACAGUGACCUCCUGAAACUUCUCUGCAGUGUGCGCUACAGCUCUGUCCUGUUCGUCGCCUGGUUCAUGGGCUUCGGCUACGGCUUUGUUUUCAGCUUCCUGUACUGGCACUUGGAGGACCUCAAAGGGACAACCACCCUGUUUGGCGUCUGCUCCAUCCUGAGCCACAUCUCAGAGCUCAGCGCCUACUUCCUCAGCCACAAGUUCAUCGAGCUGGUUGGACACAUCAGGGUGCUGUACAUCGGCCUGGCCUGCAACACAGCUCGUUACCUGUACAUCUCCUACCUGCAGAACGCCUGGACCGUCCUGCCUAUGGAGGUCCUUCAAGGUGUGACCCAUGCCUCAGUUUGGGCAGCCUGUAUCUCCUUCCUGAGCGCUGCGGUCCCACCAGCACUGAGAACAUCAGCACAGGGGAUCCUGCAGGGCCUGCACCUUGGCCUGGGGCGCGGCUGUGGAGCCAUGGUGGGAGGAGUGUUAGUCAGCUACUUUGGUGCUGCAGAAACGUUCAGAGGAAUCGGCAUGGCCUCCCUCGUCAUCCUCCUCAUCUUCUCCUUCAUCCAAUGUCUGACUGGACGAGCCGAGGGGGAAGAGGACAAAAUGCUGGCAGAGAACAUCCCAGUCGCCUCUAGCCCAGUUCCCAUUGCCACCAUCAAUCUGGUGCCGAGCCACAACACCGCCGAUAGCUUGACACAGGAUGCCGUGGCACCUCUGAGGAAGACCAAGCACCAGGAGGAUCAGGAGGACGUGACCCAGCCGGCCUGGAUGCUCUCCGGCGCCCCGUGGGUCACCAUCGCCUUCGCCAUUGUCCAGAUCAGAGAGCUGAUCAGCAUGGCAAGGAGCAGCAGACCUCCUCCAGAGACUCGGCCACUGCAGGUGCCUAAUGACCGGGUGUCGACUGAGAACGAGGUGGCAGUGACAUCACACACAAGUGAUGACGGCACAGCCACCUCAGAACCACCUACACAACCAAACACCACCCACCCUGCACCCACAGACUCGAAUAAAGACCAAACAUCUCUGUCCUCAGGCGAAGGAGGGCCUAAAGAAAACCCAGCCUUCAUAGCUGAGAACACAGACUGAGUGUACAUUUAGACACUAUUUAAUUUACACACACUGAACUUUAAGCUCAAUGUUUUAUUACUGCAAAUACAUCCAUCUUUACAAGUCAGUUUGUCUCAAAUUCAGUCUUAAAAUCUGAGCAGUAAUGAGUAGUGGUGAGAGAUUUCUACUACAGGUUCAUGUAAAAUGAGUCAGUAUCAUAAAACUUGCACAUGAUCAUAAAAUAAGGCAGUAUUUUCCAGAAAUUGUCCUUUAAUCCUGGAAACAAUUUGGAAAAACUAACUAGAAUUCAUUUGCUGUUUGAGUUUUUUAAAAUUGGUUUUAAGACUCGGACAAAACUUGUUUCUAUGGAUUGUUUUUGCAGUGAGGACUUUGGAUGAAAAAGAUGUUUUGUACUGUUUUCCUCUUAGAGACGAGCAAAUCCGACACCUCGGAGCUCUGUGCAUUAUGAUAACUGCCCUUUACUAGUGGAGUGUGAAGGAAAGUCCCUCAUAUGUAAAGACUGUGCCUCUUAGUAAGUUAUUAACUUCAUUUAGCUGAAAGGUGAUGAAAUCUGACAAAGCAGUGAUUUAAUUCAACAGCUUGAUUUCACAAUGACGGCACAAAAUUAAUUUCAUGCAGAGGUUCCCAACGUUUUUACGCCACAGGUCAUUUAUUUCUACUGGAGUCACAGUGAUGAUCGUCUCUUUCUCUGAGAGGUAAUCACUGUCAUGUUUUAAAAACAAAACUCCUGUAACUAAAAAAAUCAUUUGUCCAGUGCCUGAUACAAACAUUUUAAAGUUGUUCCUUUUGUGCAGUAUGACAAAUAUUAAUGCUUUUCUUGGAGUUUGAAAUGACAGAAAAUAACAUGAAUAAAGGCAAAUUUUUGUUGCGGGUUAUCUAAUUUAAGCAACAUGCUAAUGGUUCCUGCCAUCUUGGUUUGGAUUAGGAUGCAGGUUUAGCUUAAGAAGAAAAGGGACAAAAUAAUAUAUACAUGAAGAUGGUACUGCAAAAUACUGCAAAACUCUCUCCAAUAGCUUUGAAUGUUUAUAAUAAUUAUGGAACUUUUUGCAGAUUCACAUUGUUUCCUGGCAAAUCCUCCAUGGCCUGGGUGUUGGGAGCCCCUGUAGUACUUGAAUUAAACAGUGUUGUACAGAAUCUUCGCUGGUUGAAUCUGUUUCCGAUGCAGCUUCGUGUGACAUUAACUUGAGUUUAAAGCAGGAUCCCUGCAUUGGAAAGAUGUCACAUCGCCUCGUCUUCGUUUCAGAUUUCAUCGCUUCUUUCAAAACAAAAGUGUUGUGUGAAGAAGUUUGUCUGAGAUAGAUGUUUGAUUGCUGUAUAAUUUACCGAAGAAGUGCCUCUUAGAAACCUUCUGUAAGCCUCGUAAUCAUCAUUGCUGUCUUAACUUAUUAUUUUAAGGAUCUCUUUACUGUACCACACUCCUACAGAGCCACCAGUCGUUUUCAGCACAUCCUGGAUGCUUUUGUACUGAAGCUGGCAAUAGCUGACACACACUGGUAGCUACUGUCCUUGAUUUUCAUGCCAAAGAAUUCCCAGUAUUCUGUGUUUUUAAGUGUCAUCUCGCUGGAAAAGCCAUGAAAACAGAAUUAAUAAAGUUCUGUUUUGAAGAAGUGUAAAGAAAAUGAGCUAUUUCCAUUUUAGGUGGUUUUUCUGCCUCUGUGGCGAACGAAGGCCAAUAACAUCAGUGUGCUUAAUCAUAAAACUGUUAUUAAAUGUAUGUUGUGUUAAACAGUAACACAACCCUCUAGCAUCUCAGAUUGUAGCCCAGGCUGAACUUGUCUCUGUGUGUGUGUGUGUGUGUGUGUGUGUGUGUGUUUUCUUAACCUUGAGAUAAAGUUGAAAACUCCAGGAGCAACAAGUAAGAGAAAGGGCCAUGAAUUGACAUUUAUGGGACAGACUUCUUUUUCUGAGGUGAGUUAACGUUCUGCCACAGAGACAGAGAUGAUUUACCUGCAAAAUGUUUGCUGGCAAAACAAUCUCACAAAAAUGUCCAUUUAGUCACAGUUCUGGAGCUUUCAGUCACAUCACACCGACUUCCUCACAGUGGUUAGUGAUUUUAUUGUUCACAUUUCAGUUUUUUUUUUAAGCUCAUCUCCUUUGUACUGCCUUAAAAUGUGAGAAUUUAGAAAAGUUUGAACACCUACAGUCCCAUCUCCUGACGAAGACCUUGUAAUAUGAUCAAAAGCCCCAGAACAGUUAAUACCUGGACCUCGGUGGUGAGGCUGCCGGCUACCGUUUCAGAAGUCGAGAACAGGGGUUGAAAGGAUCAAAGUACAUUUAUAUACUUGUGUAUUGUAAGUACAUGUAAAACUAAUUUAGAUUAUUUUGUUAUUUUGGUUGCCUUGCAUUUCUACUUCACUACAUUUAAGAGCCAGAUGUACUUUUUACUCACAUCCAAACAAGUUAUGAUGCACUGUUACAUAUAAGGUAAAAGUACUUAGUUAAAGUAGUAAUACUGCAGUGUAAAAAUACUUUUGCACCACAUUUGAAAUUGUACUUAAGUGAAAAGGUAUUAGCAUCAAAAUCUACUUAAAUGUAUUAAAAGUAACCAUAUUUAUUAUGCAAAAUCAUAUUACUGGGAUAUAUGUACUUACUGAUACACUGUAAUGAUGCAAAUGGGUAAUUAUUUCAAUUACUUCAUAUACUAUAGUAAAGCUUGUAAAAUACCCCCGAGGGAUCAGUAAAACUUUAUCUCUAGUAAUUUAUUUGUUGAAUGAAGCGGCAAAGCAGCCUAAGUUGUUAAAUAAAUGUACUGGAGGAAAAAAAGUACAUUUGCCUCUGAAAUGUGGAGUAGAAGUAUGAAGUUGCAUAAAAUGAAAGUAUUCAAGUAAAGCACAAGUAUCUCAAAAUUGCUUAAAGACAGUACUUGAUAAAAAUGUACUUUUGUUAUGUUUCAUACUUCUAACUUCGUUUUACUGAAACUAAAACAUUGUGAAUGCAGUACUUGUAACUGAGUAUUGUUACACUUAGAUAUUACAACUAUUACUUGAGUAAAGGUCCUGGAUGUGUUGUAUUUUAUAAGCUCAUUGUGUGCUUAAAAUGCAGAACUGCAGUAGUCAGAUAAAUGCAGUACAUUUUUAGCUUGAAAUGUGUAGCGGUGGAAGUGUGAAGUACCAUAAAAUCUUAAAGUACAGUGCAGCGUUUCUAUAUGCAGAAUGUUGUGCCGGGCGCGGCCACUUGAUGGCAGUAGUGCUCUGAGAGUGUCCCUGGGCAUGUAGCAUCUUAAAUGGACUAAACCAGUCUGUGUGUGUGUGGAGGGUUAUUGAGGUCGUGGUGCGCCUGCUACUGAUGGGUGUGUGUGGGAGGACAGUAAUAGGCUUCCUCAAAACUAGACUGUGUGCUGUCAUAAAAAUGAAAAUGAUAAAAUAAAAACCGUCUUGGCGCACUCAGCCUGUCUGAUAUCCAUGGAGACACUUCAUCAGCCCCUCUGUUGUUGUUGUUGUUGUUGUUUUGUCUUGCAUGGGCAGCCACUUAAUAAUGAACAGUGUAAUAGUGUUUUUCUUCAGAGGUGUCAUGACCAUG